GGAUUCCUAGGGGCGGGGUGGAUAGAGGAAGUGUAGUGACGUUGCAUGUAGUCCGGUCACGUGCUGACGUCAUCGCGUCGCCUACCAAAAUACCAGGACUCAGGAGAAGUCAUGGCUGCCAGGAGAGAUCCCAGUAGUGAGGAUGAGUCUUUCGAAGUAUUGGAUAUAACAGAAUAUGCCAGACGUCACCAUUGGUGGAGUCGAGUUUUUGGACGGAACUCUGGUCCACUUACAGAAAAGUAUUCUGUAGCUACACAAAUAGUAAUGGGUGGAGUGACAGGAUGGUGUGCAGGCUUUUUGUUCCAGAAGGUUGGGAAACUUGCUGCUACCGCUGUUGGAGGCGGCUUUCUUCUGCUUCAGAUUGCAAGCCAUGGGGGUUAUGUACAAAUAGAUUGGAAGAGAGUUGAAAAGGAUGUAAGCAAGGCAAAGCGGACGAUAAAGAAGCAAGCAAAUAAAUCUGCACCAGAAAUUAGUAAUUUAAUUGAAGAGUCAACAGAUUUCAUCAAGCAGAACAUUGUUGUGUCUGGGGGAUUUGUUGGAGGCUUCUUAUUAGGUCUUGCCUCUUAGGAAGCUGUUAUGAGCUGCAUGAUGAGACUCAUCACAUAAAACUGAAGACUGGUUGUGAAAAUGAAGAUAAAGGAAAAUACCUGGCUGCAAAACAAAGAUGGCUUGUUUUUUGUUUUAUUCCUAAGGCAGUUUUCUUGUGAAUGCUUACCUAUAGAGAGUGCUUGCAAAGAACUGUGUAGCCUGCGCACACUUCUACAGACUGAACUUUCUCUACCUUAUACAAAAACACUGUUACUUGUAUUCAUCAACUGACCGUAGUUGAUUUCAGAUGCAGGUUUGUAUAGGGUUUUGGAUUUGUUUUUGUUUUUUCUUGUGAUUUUAUGAUGCUGUCAUCACACUAGGUCUGUAAAUGGUUAUGUUAGUGUCACUUCAUAAUUGUACUUUUUAUAUUUAUUUAACUGUGUUUUGCUCCCUAACUAGUGCCAAAACUAUGUACUGUAAUUGGCAAUCAAAGCCUUCUUGGUGAAUGUUACUCUUACAAGAAAGAGAGAGAGAGAGAGAAAAAAAUCACUCGAUACAACAAACCAUUCUACAGAAAUACUAGGUAGAACUUGCAAAAUAAAAUGUCAAAUUAUAAGUUAA